AUGAAGGUCAGUUAAUAUUUCACAGGCUUUUAGUAACAAAACAUGGAUUUGAUUUCUCGACACAAUUAUAAAGCUUGUGGCAUACAUGAAUGGGAAUAAUUAAAUGUGUAAAAGUGUUUAAAAGCUUUGUAAGUUGACUUGAUUGCUUGAUGCGGGUGCAUUCAAGUCACGGGCGCAUCGCGUCUACUGUCAACAAUCGCGUCCUUGAGAGCGUCAGAACGUAAAGCUUAUCUGAGGCUCGGUGCGCCGCUGCUAACGCGAUUCGGCUCAUUCGAGUGCCGGCCGCCGCGGUCGUACAUCUACAUACCAUAACCGCGCACGCCGCUCGCGCGCUCCUUGUUUACUUCGCCGGCUUUCGGUUCCUUCUCGUGUUUCAAACUUAAAACUAUAAAAAAAACGACCAGUGUGCACGGAGUUAUAAUGUGGUUGAGUGUAAUUUUCCUACUUAUAUUACUUUUAUUAAUUGUUUUGUUGACAAUUUUUCACUUUACUACAAAUGGGAGAAAAUACUGGCUCCACAGAAAAGUGCCGUACAGAGAGCCAUGUCCCAUUUUCGGCAACUUUGGUGCGACGCUGACAAUGCGACGAAGUUACACCAACAUGCUUCAGUUCUUCUACGACACCUUUAGAGAAGAGAAAUAUGUUGGUAUUUUUCAAGCUAGAAGACCGACGCUGUUUGUUAUAGAUUUGGAUAUUGUCAAGAAUAUUUUUAUUAAAGACUUUGCCUGCUUCAGCGACAGAAUAUCGGUGUCGACUGACACUCAAAGAGAACCUUUACUUCGCAACCUGGCAAACAUGAGCGGAGCCGAAUGGAAAGCCAUGCGACACAUAGUAACACCGACCUUUUCGUCCGCCAAAAUGAAAGCGAUGUUCCCUCUCGUUGCAGACUGUGCAAAUUCUCUUAAAAUAGCUCUGUCUCAAGAAGCGUUGGACGAUGUCGAUGUUCCGAAAUUAAUGUCGCGAUUUACAACAGAUGUAAUAGGCAGUUGCGCCUUCGGUGUCGAUCCCGGCUCCUUGAAAAAUCCUGAUUCACCUUUCUUAGCGAUGUCACAGAGGAUGUUCAAGACGGAUCGUACUACUGUACUGAAACGUUACUGUCGGACUUUCUUCCCGAAGUUGUUUAAAUUUUUGAAUCUCAGAACUUACUCUUGGGAAGUGGAAACUUUCUUUACAAAUAUUAUUAGUCAAGUCCUAGAAGAAAGGCGCAAGACGGGAGUACAGAGGAACGAUUUUAUACAACUGAUGUUAAACAUGCAAAACACUGAAACUGAAUUUUAUAUGUCAGAUGAAUUGAUAACGUCCAAUUCUUUUAUAUUUAUGUUAGCCGGUUUAGAAACAUCGGCGACCACAUUGUCAUUCUGCUUGUAUGAACUGGCGAAGGAUCCCGAUUUGCAGAAUAAAGUGAGACAAGAAAUAAUAGAUUGUACGGAACGUUACGGAGGAUUGAAUUACGAUGCAGUGUGUGCGAUGCGUUUGGUGGUCCAAACGGCGAUGGAGACUCUUCGACUGCAUCCCCCCACGCCGCUCACAACGCGCCUGUGCACGGCGCCAUGCACUCUGUCGAGCGAACUCAAUGUGAAAGUAAAAGACGCAGUACUUAUCCCGUUGCAUUGUAUACAGAAAGAUCCUAGAUACUUCUCGGAUCCUGAAAAAUUUGAUCCGGAUAGAUUUAAAGAAGAUUCUAAUCCACCAGCUUUUAUGGCUUUUGGAGAAGGUCCUCGUAGUUGUCCUGGUGCUCGUUUCGCUCAGCUGAUCGUGUCUGCCGGUCUGGCGGCCGUGUUGAGCGGGUACCAAGUGCAGCCUUGCGCUAGAACCACGCCAACGAUACAUUACGAUCCUCGCAGCGUUAUGCUCAAGAAUAAAGGCGGAAUAUGGUUAAGUUUUAAACCAUUGUAAAACCAGCUUAGAAGUAACGAUGCGGUAAUAGUCGUCAUUACAAGAAUUUGUUUUUAAUAAAACUGAAUCAAGACGAAAAACAAGAAAAGCUGUCUAAUGAAGGUUGUUUCAACUUUGUGAAUUAGCCAUUUUUUUUCAAUUUAGGGGAAUGUAUGCGCUUGUUAAAGCUGUUGAAAAGACGUGACUAUAAAACUGGGUUAAAGUAAAUAUUUUUUGUCUUAAUCUGUAUUUAACUUUUUGAAGAUAAGCUAUGUGACAAAAUUAUCAAUUUUCUAUGUCUUCACGAAUUAAAUAUAAUAAAAAAAACAUAGAUGUAUAAUGUAAAAGUAAAUAAGACGUCACUGGUAAACCUACGUCGAAUAACAAGUUGUUUUUAAGUUAAUCAGUAUUAAAAAUUCUCUACAACUAAAAAGGAUUACCAUAAGUACUAUGGUAAUUAUCUCUUCGUUUAAAUUAUAUUUGUUUAAGAAUCUGAAAUAUAUGAAUUGCCAUAAAAAUUGUUUUAUUUGUGAAAAUCUACAAAAACAACUUGAAUGUGUAAAUUGUUUCAAAAUCAAGUCAAAACAAAAACCAACUUACGUCAGAGAUAAAUAUUUAUUUUAAAACUGGAUUUAUUUUGUUUAUACUUUAUGCCCUUGGCAUUAAAAGCUAACUUUCCUAAAAUCUUAUUACGUAUUCAUAACGCAACAACAUCCUAGGAAAUAAGACGGCAAGUUACUAGCUUGGUCUUGUCUGCUCUUAUAUUAACUAUUCUUAAUUUAGCUCCGAAAUGUAGACUAUUUUAUUCAGUCUAUAUUCUAUUGGUUGACCAGCUAAGUACAGAAAGCGACGAACGACUUUACGCAAUUUAUAUACGAUCAGUGCGAGUUUAGGAAAACAGUGUGGAAUAUAUAUUUCGUAGCUUAUUUUAUACUCAGAAUCGUUCAACAAAUUGUAAAUCUUACUAGUCUUAGUAAUGUUAUAAAUGCAAAAUUUUGG